CAGGCCUUCAGGGAGCAAAAUGGGUGCUUCAAGAUGUGAAGAAUAUUUUGAAGACAGCAAGGUCAUUGUAGAUACACCUCCACAAGAAACUAAUAAAAAUAUGAAACUCUAUGAAUGGGGAAACAGAGCAAUUGGGGCUGCUGAUCAUGGGUUAGAGGUUCAAAGCUGGACUUCGAAAAUCGAAACAAUGGCUAUACCGGCCUCAGUAAACAAUGUGGUGAGUAGUGGUGAGCAACACAUGAAGGUAGAGAACAUGGAAACCAAAACUCCCUCUGAAUCUGAAGAGAUUUCAGAAAUAGAACCCGCAGCGGCGGCACUAGCUGAUGACAACACUUCGAACCGACGAAGCGUUCAAUUCCAGCCCAUAUUUCGUUUAGUAAGUGAUUGUGAUGAGUGCUCACAGAAGAUAUAUCAAUGUAUUGUGAGUUCCAAAAAUGAAAAUACUGAUGGCGAUGGUGAAAUGCUGCAAGACAUUGAGCCAGGUCUAGCUGAGAGCGUGAAAGCACAACACGGUCACAGCAAGGAGCCAUGGAAAUUGCUAAGAGAAGCGCGUCUUUCAAACAAGGGCCACAACAAUAAUUACUGGAACGAUCUCCUUCAGAAGGAUGGCAUUUUCAAGCUGAAAAAUCCUCUUGGUGACACGCUUUUACACGUCGCGGCCGAGAAGGGAGACGAGCAGUUCGUGAAGAAGAUUGUUCGAGGAGCCGCUGAUCUUUUGACUGUAAAAAAUUUGAACGGCGAUACCGCGCUACAUGUUGCUGCGAAAGCCGGUCAUUUUUCUGUUCUUAAGAAGUUGAUUGCUGCUCACUUCAAAAACUCAGAAAAUUGCCACAUUGCAAUGGAGAAAAUCCUUGAGAAGAACAAUGAAGGUAAUGGUUUUUUCCAUGAGGCGUUGAUCAACGGUCACGAUGGAGUGAUGGAUUUUCUGGUUUCUCAUGGUGGGAAUUUGAAGGAAGUGGCUGAAAGAGCUGCAUUGUCCGUGACAAGUUAUGAAAAGAAAUCAGGUGUGUGCUUGGCAAUUGAGUUUGGCUAUAAGAAUGUUGUUGGUCUAGCAUUGACUGAAGUAAUUCCCAAAGACCCCAACUAUGUUCCUGAAGGAAAAUCACUUCUUCUUGCAGCAAUCAUCAAACGGGAUGAAGAUAUUUUAGAUACUAUAUUGACAAAAAAGCCAGAAUGGAUCCAUUUAACGGACACAGAAGGAAGAAUUCCUCUACACUAUGCAGCAUCAAUAGGCUAUCUUAAAGGAGUUAAAUACCUUCUUAAAAAAUGUGCUUCCUGCGUCAUGGAAAGGGACAUACAUGGAUUCUUGCCAAUUCAUUUGGCUUCUUACUCAGGCCAGGUUACAGUAGUUCAAGAACUGCUCAAAUCAGAGUUCUGCCCGGACACUAGAGAGAUACUCGACAAUGGCGGCCGAAAUAUUCUUCAUCUUGCAGUUCAGAGUGGGAAGCAUAAUGUGGUUAAGUACAUCUUGCACGCCGCUAAUUCUAACCAUGAACUUGAAAACAUGAUAAAUGAACAGGACUGUAAUGGAAACACUCCUUUGCAUUUGGCUACCAUGUACUGUCAUCCCAAAAUAGUGCAUUCCUUGACAUGGGAUAGAAGAGUUGGUCUUGCUUUAGUCAACAGAAAAGGUCAAACAGCUCUUGAUGUUUUUGAGAAUUCUGAAAAUCCCACCCUUAGACAGCGGCUAACAUGGACCGCAUUAAAAUCUGCUGGUGUACGAUCCGUUGAGCCAAAGUCAUUGGCAAUCAAGGUCCCUCCAAAGAGUACAUAUAAUUUUUUGCAGCAAGAGGCCCCAACCAUGGAUCACUACAAAGACAGAAUCAGCACACUUAUGCUAGUUUCAACCCUUAUAAUUACAGUAACAUUCGCCGCAGGUUUCACUAUUCCAGGGGGUCUUAAUAACUCAGGUUCACAAGAAGGAAUGGCUGUGAUGCUACAUCACAUAUGGUUUAAAAUAUUCAUUUUCUGCAUUACAAUAUCAAUGUACGGUGCCAUUAGUGUUACCAUCAUUCUCAUUUGGGCUCAGCUCGGAGAUAUAACUUUGGCACUUCUCGCGCUUGAAGUGGUAAGUCCUCUUUUGGGAAUAACUCUUGCGACACUGUCUCUGGCAUUUUUGGCAGGGAUUCACCUUGUUAUAAAGAGCCUCAGUUGGCUAGCCACUACUUCCUUGGCCAUGGGUUUCAUAUUCAUUUUCAUGCUGUUGUUGCUCUACACUAUGCUCUGGUUCCCUUCAUCAACAAGCAAACUAGUUAUCAGAUAUAUAUCCUACUACCCUUUUCUGCUGUUGGCAUCAUUGGUUGAACCAGAUGAAGACUAGCUCUAAGGUAUAAAGUAAUAUCAUGGCAACUAAAAUCAUUAUGACUUAUUAAAGGUAUUCGUCUCAUUUCAACUUAAUAGUAUUAUUUUGUGGGAUGAAAGUUAUAGAUAGUAUUUCAGUAGUUGCCUUGGUAAUGCGUUGGUGACUAUAUCUGCAAUUUGAUCUUCAAAUUUUCAAUACUCAAGAUGAAUUUCUUUA